CCAAAAUCCGGUCCCAAGGAAUGUAAAUUUGGGGACCAAACAUGUUGGGUAGAAGGGCUCGAGCACAGUCAAAUAAUCUUCAGUUGUUCCAUUGAAGAAUAUUAUUCUACUUGUUAGAACGCACUGAGGAUCGAUCAAAUCCUAAGUGGUUAUAGGGUCCCUCUCAAAAUAUAUAAGGUAGUCUUGGAUUCCUCAUUACUAGUUUACAUUCAGACCACAUAAGGUUCUCCGAGAAAAAAGUAAACAUAUCUCAUUCACAAGUUUAAAAUGAAUAACGCCAAGUUGUACAAAAGUAAGAAGGGACUUCAGCAGGCAGAUGCCACACAUGUAAUCGAAAAUUUUUCGAAAUAUCUCAAAUGGAAGGACCAUAAAGAAACAAUAUUAGAUGUUGGAUCAGGAGAUGGACACACUCUGUGCGAGGUUUUGCUGCCCAAAAUUGCAGAUAAGGUGGAUAGAGUGAUUGGAACCGACAAUUCAAAUGAGAUGUUAGAAUACGCAAGGGGUGAAUAUGGUUGCCAACAAAUUGUUUUCGAAAAGUUGAAUAUCGAAUGUACUGAUGUACCUGAGAAGUUUCAGGAGAAAUUUGAUCAUAUUUUUUCAUUUUUCUGUCUUCACUGGGUUGUCAAGCAGAGUAUAGCUUUCCAAAAUAUAUACACCAUGUUGAAACCAGAUGGAGAAAUUCUUUUAACGUUUCUGGCAAAGAACCCCAUUUAUGACAUAUAUGAAGAAAUGGCCAAAACGGAAAAAUGGGCAAAGUAUAAGAAGGAUUAUAAGAAGUACCUUUCACCCUACCAUAAUUCUCCUGAUCCUGAAGAUGAGGUUAGAACUAUUCUCAAUAAGGUUGGAUUUCAUGUGAAGGUGUGCCGAUCAGAUAGAAGAUGUUACACUUAUCCUAAUCUGGCAACAGUCAAUGCAAGUGUCAAAGCGGUAAACCCAUUUCUACCUAAUAUUCCAGAAGAGGAACACGAAAGUUACUUCGAAGAUUACGAUAAUAUCAUGAAGAAGAACAAAGACAUAAUCUGGGAAAAAGUGAAUAACAAUGUUGAUGACGGAAAAUUCCACUGCUUCUAUGAAAUCAUAAUAGUAGUUGCAUCUAAAGGUUUUUAAUUUUAUUGAUAAUAACGAUAUAGAAUUUAAUCAUGUUAUUAAUUGGUAUAUAGUUUUUAUAAACUUUAUUUAGUGGGAGCAUAUCGCAGUACAAAUUACUAUUUAGCAUUCAU